CGUGAAAGUAUUCUCACGUUCGUUUUUGCGAAUGCAAAAGACCUGGAGUCGGGUGAACGACCAAAUGGUGUUUUCUACUGCGCUGGAAAAAGUGGAGAGGGAGAUCGCCCUCAUGAAGCGUCUGCGCCAUCCGAAUCUCGUUUCUCUGGUCGAUGUGAUCGACGACGAAGAAGAGGACCAAAUUUAUAUGGUAAUUGAGUAUGUGGAGAAUGGACAAAUUAUGUAUUAUGAUCCUAACUCCCUCCGCUUCUUCUCUAAGCGAACAGGAGGUGUCCUCCCUGAAUCGAUAGCGAAGAAAUACCUUUACGAAAUCGUUCAAGGACUGAAAUACCUCCAUCUUCACAAAGUAGUACAUCGUGAUAUCAAGCCCGAGAACAUUCUCAUCACCAAAGACGACCACUGUAAGAUAUCCUUUCUGUUUCUCCAUUUCCACGUUUCCCUCACCCCACAUCGUCGACUUCGGCGUUGCUCACAUCUUCGACACCCUCACCGGCCACAACCAAUCCUCGGGAUCCGACCUGCCUGUCUCCAACCGUCCUCUGCACAUGCUGACUCGCUCGCCGACGGGCCUCAUGUCGAACACCGCGGGCACGACGUACUUCUACCCUCCGGAAUGCUGCGCAGACCAGCCCUACAACACCUACGCGGCCGACAUCUGGGCGCUGGGCGUGACGCUGUUCGCGAUGGUCGUGGGCCGAUUGCCGCUGUACAACCCCGAUCCCAUCGAUUUCAUGGACGAUCUCGUGGAGAAGGAGGUCGAGAUCCCCGCGGAUCUGUCGCCCGCGUUACAAUAUCCUUUUUUGUGUUUUUGUGUUUUUGUGUUUUUGUGUUUCUUAACGAGAGGGAUUUGCUGGGUCGGUUUUUGGAUAAGGAUCCAGCGAAGCGGAUUUCGAUCGAUGAGAUUUUGAGUCAUGAGUGGCUGCGGGGAUGCGAGUCCAGCGCGGGGGUCGCGGGGCCGCAGAUCAAUCGGCGCGAUCUCUCGUCGGACGAGGUGCAGCACGCGCUGUCGCUGCGGAUCUCGCUGCAAUCGAAGAGCGAGGAGCCCGAGGGAGCGAUGAAUCCCGCGAAUGAAUCGAAUGAAUCGAAUGAAUUGAAUGAAUUGAAUGAAUUGAAUGAAUUGAAUGAAGCGAAAGGAUUGAAUGAAUCGAAAGGAUUGAAUGGAGACAAGAAAGAGGAGGAGUCGAACGAGGAAGCAAAAGGAGAGACGUUGAGUGAGGCUGAGUCGAUGAUGAAGAAGGAGAAGGAAGCGGACGCAGCAGAGGAAGAAAAGGCGGGGAACGAAGAAAGAGAGAAGAUGGUCAUCGAGGGGAGCGCGGAGAAGAGCGCGGAGGAGGGAGAGACUGCUCGGGGUUCAACGAGUGUGUUCGUAAUGACGCCGGAAGGAGCCGAGAUCAGCGCAGGAGUCACGCCAGAGGGAAAUGCGGACAUGACCGAUAGCUUGGCUCCGGAGAAUCCGAAUAGCAAUACCCAGUCGAAGGACUGCUGCGUUAUCUUGUGGAGUGUUUUUUUUAACAAACAAAAAACACAUUUUCGACUGAUUCGAUUUCACUCUAAGGGAAAUGCUUCUAAAAAGGGCCUACUGUGUGCGUUAAGUUGCGAAUUUCAUUUGUUAAAAAAUUGUGACUGUUUAUAA